UUUAUCAUCAGAGACGCGAGGAGCAGCUAUGAGUUUACCAGUGAGAGGAUUUGUAGUCUUCCUUCUCUCUGCACAAGUGGUUCAGGGUCAGGAUGACUGGGGAGUGACUUACUCUUCUACUGAGAUCUGUGCAGUAAAAGGAUCAACAGUGGAAAUGAGAUGCACCUACACAUACCCAUUCAAAGUGUGGUUUACCAUAGUUGAGAAAACGUUCUGGUUCACUAAACAGAAAGAUGGUGAACCUGUAGAUCUGACCACAGACUCAGAGUAUGCAGGUCGUGUAGAGGAUCGCUGUGAAAACAACAUCUGCACUCUGAGAAUCAGAAACCUGAGAGAGAGCGACUCAGCUGAGUACAAGUUCAGAAUAAUCAUCCAAAAAGGUGGAUCAUAUAUUGGUUCACCUGGAGUCACUUUGUCUGUCACAGAUCUCCAGUUGAAGGUGAGCAGAGCGUAUUCAGGCCAGGCAGAGCUGAAGUGUCAGACCAGCUGUCAUGUACCUGAUAAUACUUCCUACAUCUGGUACAAGAAUGGAGAGGAACUUUGGACAGGAAUAUCUUACUCUGGUUUAGUCAACUUUGGUUCAGCAGACAUCUAUUCCUGUGCUUUAAACGGACAAGAGAAUCACCGUUCUCCUUCAGUGUAUGCUCCAAAGCCUCCCUCUGUGUCAGUGAGUCCCUCUGCUGAGAUAGAGGAGGGCAGUUCAGUGACUCUGACCUGUAGCAGUGAUGCUAACCCAGCAGCUAACUACACCUGGUACAAGGAUGAAACUUCAUACUCUUCUAUUCUGAAUGAAGAACAUCAGAUUGUCUUCAGCUCUACGCAGGCCUCUGACUCUGGAGAGUAUUUCUGUACAGCUGAGAACAUGAUGGGGAGGAAGACAUCUGAAAAUGUCUUUAUUGAUGUGAAAUAUGCUCCAAAGCCUCCCUCUGUGUCAGUGAGUCCCUCUGCUGAGAUAGAGGAGGGCAGUUCAGUGACUCUGACCUGUAGCAGUGAUGCUAACCCAGCAGCUAACUACACCUGGUACAAGGAUGAAACUUCAUACUCUUCUAUUCUGAAUGAAGAACCACAGCUUGUCUUCAGCUCCAUGCAGGCCUCUGACUCUGGAGAGUAUUUCUGUACAGCUGAGAACAAGCUGGGGAGGAGGACAUCGGAAAAGUUGUUUAUUGAUGUGAAAUAUAAAUCCCCAAUGAUCAUGAACAUCACCAGGUUGGUUCUGGUGGUUCUGGUGCUGGUUCCUCCGCUCCUUGUCUGUCUCUGGAUGAGGAAGAAGAAGGCUGUGAGCUACACCACUGAAGCGAAUGAACCCAUAGAGACUGUGGAGUUAGACCCUUUUUCUGUGUAUGAGAACGUCUCAGACCUGAACAUGGUCUCUGCAGAACAGACAGAAGAACCAGAGGAGCAGGAGGACCUGGUCUGAAGAUGCAUCAAACCAGAGGGAGACUCACCUGGAUGAAACAGAGAGAAGUGAAACAUUGAAGAGGAAACAUUUACCCUCAAGUUUUCAUGGUGUUAAGUAACAGUAGGAGUAACAUUUUUAUUGUAAUGUGCAGUAUAUACACUUUACUGCAAGAGUGGGGGUGUAAACAGAAAUGUGCAUCAGCAUACAUUUAGCAUCCUAACUACUUAUCAUAUUUGCAGCAUUCGUUCAAUGUAUAUAUUUUAUGGUGAAAAUGUCUCGAUAAAAAUAAAAUUGGGGAAAAAAUAAACAAAGACAAUAUUUGCACAACACAUGCAUCUUUACAAACACACACACACACACACAAACACACACACACACACACACACAUACCAU